AUGGCUUUAGAAUCAGUCGCUAUCUCUGCUUUCAAGGAAUGGUUUUCUGAGCAGGGCGGUUACUUUCACCCGUCCGUUCUAUUACUACACGGUCCCACAGGGGUUUCCGCAAUGGCUCAAGAUACAUUAGUCCCUGACACAACCAUUGUAUCGUGCCCUUUUUCUUUGGUUAUCACGCCAGAGCUAUCGAGGAAAGCGCUGUCACUUUUGAUGGAUGGUUCCGCUGUUUUGAAUGUCUGGACAGAAAGACAGCUGAUCUGCGCUUACAUAUGUUUUCACUGGCUCAUCAGCCCUCAAAAUAGCACGCCUGAUCAUCUGAAGCAUACGCAUUAUCUAAAUACACUACCGUCAUCGAAUGAUCUUCGGACGCCUCUUCAUUUCACAUCCGACGAGCUAGACGCUUUCAAUGGCACAAACUUGUAUGGGGCUACUGUGGAUCGCGAAUGUAGCUGGCGAUCCGAAUGGCAGGCGUGCAAAACUGAUAUUUCGAGCGUAAGUUCGCUUUGGGGUGAGAAAUUUACCUGGGAAAAUUAUCUUACGGCGUCUACCUACAUGUCUUCUCGUGCAUUUCCUUCAACUCUGUUGUCAAAAGAGCCAACUUUGAAGUCGACUCCAUCCAGCUAUCCCGUAUUAAUACCCGGCGUCGACUCCCUCAAUCACUGCCGAGGCCUGCCUAUAUCAUGGGUCGUAUCGUUUCCGGAGCCUGUAGCGAUCAGCACUGUCAAUAGCACAAAACCUACCGUCUCCUUGGUGGGACAUACUAUCACACAGGCAGGGCAAGAAGUCUUCAAUAAUUACGGACCGAAACCAAAUUCCGAGCUUAUCCUUGGUUAUGGUUUCUCGCUACCGCAAAAUCAGGAUGAUACCAUUGUCUUACAGAUUGGUGGAGCACCGACUUCUUCAAGGAAGAAGUGGGAAGUCGGUCGGAAAGCUCAUGGUGCUGAGGGGGUAUGGGAGGAAGUUCUCGGUUUGAUUGCUCAGGGUGCCGAGGCAACAUACGAAGAUGAAUUAGAAGCGGCCGAUGUCUUGUCUGAGAUGCUGACGUCGCUCAUUGAGCACCUCCCGGAGGUCUCAGAUGCUGAUGAUGACAAAGAUAUACGUCCGGAGGUGGAACUGAUGAUGGAACACUAUCUCGAAGGUCAGAGGAGCAUCCUCGACUCAUUGCUAGAAUUCAUAGAUUUGAAAAGGCAAUCUGCAAUAGAAGCUGCGAGAGACC